ACUGAGGAAUCUUUUACUAAAACACACAAGCAUACAUACAUGCAUAUACACUAUAGAAAAAUAUUCAAGAAAUUGAGCUAACAAGAAGAAGAAGCAAAAUUAGGGUUUGCACCAAGUUGUUGUUGUUAUUAAUUAGUAUUAGUGAGAUUGAUGGGAAGUAGAAUGAAGGGAGAGAAGAUUUGUUGGAACAUUGGUGUGUUUGUUGCACUAAUGCUUGUGUUGAUGAGUAUGAAUGAGUCAAGUAGUGGUGGUGAUGAAUUGAACAACAACUUCAACAACAAGUUCAAGAUGAAGAACAAGGUAUGUGAUGAAAUAUAUGUGGUUGGUGAGGGAGAAACACUUCACACAAUAAGUGAAAAGUGUGGUGACCCUUACAUUGUUGAAGAAAAUCCACAUAUUCAUGACCCUGAUGAUGUUUUCCCUGGCCUUGUUAUCAAGAUUAACCCUUUCUCUAAUUCUAGAUCAUAGAACUACUCUAUUUUCAAUUAUAUAUAUGUAAAUUACUUGUCUUGGUAUAUAGGCCUAGGAUGAGCACAUAUAUAGACAUACAUGAUUUUCUUUACCUGUUCUUUUUUUUUUUUGU